AUGUCUAAGAAAAGUGGAAUCGAGUGGAGUAUCAAGGUGGAAGAUGGAUCAUCUGUGGUGCUUGAGCCAGAACACAAGUAUGGAGUGGUGAGAUUAUUAGACCGAUUAAAGGGUUUGGUGGUGGGCUUUAUGAUGAGAGUUUGGAUGUUCUUUAAAAAGGCAUGGAAUUUAGGAGUUGAAGACCCUAGAAAGUUUUACCAUUGUCUUAAGGUUGGGGUAGCUUUAAUGGUCGUGUCGAUGUUUUACUACAUGAGACCUUUGUACGAUGGUGUCGGUGGGAGUGCCAUUUGGGCUGUUAUGACUGUUGUUGUUGUCUUCGAAUAUACUGUUGGUGGAACAUUGUACAAGUGUUUGAACAGAAUAUGUGCCACUUCUCUUGCUGGAUUUCUUGCCCUUGGGGUUCAUUGGAUUGCUAGCAAGUCAGGGCACCAAUUCGAGCCAUAUAUCAUGGGAAUAUCUCUUUUUAUAUUAGCUUCUGCUACAACCUUUUCAAGAUUUAUACCGGUGGUGAAAGCAAGAUUCGACUAUGGUUGCACCAUCUUCAUUCUUACCUACAGUCUGGUUUCAGUCUCUGGCUAUCGUGUUGACCAUCUUCUACAGGUGGCUCAUGAAAGACUAUCAACAAUAAUCAUAGGGACUUGUUUGUGCAUUAUAACGAGUAUGCUCGUUUUUCCUGUUUGGGCUGGUUUGGAGCUCCACCUUCUGAUCCCACGUAACAUGGAUAAGCUUGCAAAAUCCUUAGAUUGUUGUGUAGCUGAGUACUUUGGUCAUGACGAUGAGGAAUCUAAGAAAAAUUUGGAAGGGUAUAAAUGUGUGCUGAAUUCAAAAGCCUCAGAGGAAUCCAUGGCAAAUUUUGCUAGAUGGGAGCCUGCACACGGGCGAUUCAAUUUCAGGCAUCCAUGGAAGAAAUAUCUAAAAGUAGGUGCGUCAUCACGCAGUUGCGCAUAUUGCAUUGAAACCCUCAAGAGUUGCUUGGAUUCCAGAAGUCAGGUCCCGGAUUCAAUAAAGAACCAUCUUGAUUCAGCAUGCAUGAACUUAAGCUCAAGCUCAUCUGAAGUAAUGAGAGAAUUGGCAACGAUCGUAAGUACAAUGACAAGAUCAGCAAAGAUAGGUAUGGCGGUUCAAGAUAUGAAGAAUGCCGUUCUGGAGUUACAAAAUGAUUUAAAAUCCCUUCCAGAUUUGUUGAUCCAGCCAAAUGAUCAGAUAGAGAAGAAAGAGGUGGCUGCGAGUGACAUUACAGUAAUGCCCCUGAUAAAAGUCAUCCCAGUUGUGAGUUUUGCAUCUUUAUUGAUCGAAACCGCUUCAAGGAUAGAAGAAAAUAUGGUGAAAGCAGUGGAAGAGUUGGCAGAAUCAGCUCAGUUUAAACAACCAAAAGAUGAAACAAAGCCCAAACACAAUCAGACGACUAGCAAGACUGUCUCGGAUGAAGAAAAGGUGAUCAUAGCCCUUCAACAAGUAUAG